GGCGCGCCGGGUCCGCCAGCUGAAGGACUGGCUGAAGCAGGUGCCGUGCGCGCAGACGGAGCGCUGGCCGUGCGGCGCGCCGCUGCUCGAAGCCGAGGUAGUGCGCGCGCUGGAGCAGGCCGUCGACCAGCACCGGCCGUCGCAGCCGCGCACCCGGCUCAACGUCAAACCGCACCUGCUCUACAAGCCCAGUCAGAUUGGCGGCAGCGCUCCGGCCGACCCCGAGGCCACCUACCAGCUCUAUGAUCGGGUGGUUAACGUGCGUGAGGGCUUCAGCGUGCCGCUCGGUGCCAAGGGAACCGUCAUCGGUAUCCGCGAGGCGGCCGAGCCGGCGGACGUGCUGUACGAGGUGCUGUACGACGAGCCGUUCGAGGGAGGUCUGGCACUGCGCUGCUCGGCCGGCCGCGGCUACAAGAUGCCGCCCUUCAGCCUGAUGAACAUCAGCCACGGCCUGCGACUCAAGUUCGGGGAGACGGGACAGACGGUGGCCGCUGCUGCCGCCGGAGCGGGCCGGGCGACCAACGGCGCCGCGUCAGCGUCCGGAGGGCUGGCGCAGUUCUCCCAUUCCCCGGGCUCGCCGUUUGCCGAGACACACCGCUCACCCACCACGGCCCGGAACCACGUACCGGCUCAGCAGCAGCGGGAGGCCAGGACGGCAGCGGAUCGGCAGCCGGGUCGCGCCGCGCCCCAGCCAGCCCACAGUCCGGAGAAACAGCAGCAGCGGCAGCAGGCGGCCCAAAAGGUCCCUCAGCCAGCGGCGGCGGCGGUCAACCGGGCGUCCCCGGCGGGCGGCGGCAGUCCCCACCGACAGAAGGUGGCGGGCUCCGGUCGGCUGGCGCACCUCGCUCGCCAGCCGGCCACGCCGCCCAUGCCCCCGAUGCCGCCGAUGCCUCCGAUGCCGAGCUGCGGGGACACUUUUACGGACAUCUGGCAGGAUCUGCAGCGGGCGGCGGCCGCGCCGGCCGGCGCCGCCGUCUCGCUGGGACAGACUCCGCAGGUCGGGCACGUGGCGCCCGCCCGGCAGGUGGUGCCGGUGUCGGCGGGGCCGCUGCCGGCUGGCCUGCUGCCCGUGCCCGUGCCCUCCUCUCUGUCAGCCCCGCUGCCCGCUGCACCGGCCAGCGACGGCCGGACCGGGCGCGACGCGGCUGCUCAGCCGCCCGCUGAGGCCCCGGCGCACCCCGUCCGGCCGACCCCGGCCCCGGCCCAGCCGGUCCGCCCCGCCCAGCAGCUCGACUCCUGUGACCGUCUGCUGCGGCUGCUGCAGAACACGGACGGCGGGGUACCUCGGUACACGUAUGUUGCCUCAGACGGAGGCUCGUUCGUGGCCACGGUGGUGCUGCCCAGCGGCCGGUCUGUCCGCGGCGGGACCGCCCCCAGCCGGGACCAGGCGGCCUCUCUGGCGGCGGCGGCUGCCCUGAGCGAGCUGGGGUCCCCGACCCAGCCACCAGCAGCGACUACAGUGACAGCGGCAACAGCGGGCGGCCGACCGAGCGGCGGCGGGGGCCGGCAGCAGCAACCACCGGCCGCAGGUGCCGACUUCCUGAACAUGCUGCGCACACCAGUGCGCGCCACGCAGCCGCCGCCGGCCACCGGGGACAUAACGCACAGCCUACUGCAGAUGCUGGGACAGCCGGCCGGCGGCCCGGGCGGCCAGCCGGCGGCGGCCGGCAGACAGCCGCACUCUGCCGCCCCCGCCCCCGCCCAGAGUCACGGCCGGCCCAGGAAGUCGACCCACUCCGCCCCCGCCCCCGCCCCGGCCGGCCAGGGCGGCCGCUCAGCCGUGAACGGCGGCCGACACGGCGGCUUCGUGCCCAUGCAGGUGACCAAGAAGGGCACGCCCAAGAAGGCGGAGGCGGGACCGGCCGGCGGCGGGCGGAAGAAGCCUGUGACCGGAGAGGCCGCGCCCGCGGCUGCCGGGCCGGAGAAGGUCGCCGCGCCGGCCGGGGGUGCCGCGCCGGCCGCCGCCAACGGGGCCGGUCCGUCCGCCGCUACGCCGGCCGCGGAGGGGCAGGCGGCCGCGGCCGACCAGCCGGGCGCGGCGCCUCCCAAAAAGCCGGCCGGCCGCGCCCGCCUCUUCCGACGGGCGCCCAAAAAUCGACUGGCGUGCAAGUUUUAGCGUGGAAUAGUACGGGUGCCUGGGAUGGUGCGCCUCAGGGACACUCUGGCUUUGGGCUCUGAGGAGUCCGUGGCGUGUUUUAGCUGAGCACAAAUUGCUGACGAGAGGAAGGAAGGCUGCGGCGGUGAGAGGGAGGCCAUAUUUUAUCAACACCAAAGGUACAAUUAGUUUGAUCAACUGACGAGAUAACACGACUAGUCUCGUUUGCCUGGUUCGCAAUGAACCACUCAAUCUGUUUUUCUUCGGUGUGUCUGUAGUAGAAUAGGCCGUCCCGAACCGGACUGGGUCCUCUAUUAACGCUUCAGAAUGUGUAUAUAAAGCCGGAGCCACGUUGAGGCGGUUGCGCGGCGCCGCGGGCCCGCUCCCUGCGGCGCCGGUUGAGGACAGGCUGUGCUGCUGAUUGUGAUUGUACCGUCACCACGGUCCGUGGCGUCACCGGCGGUCAGUUAGCGACAUUGUCGGCACUGACGUGUGCGCGGCCCUCGGCCACUCGGCGGAUAGAGAGCUGUCGGUGCCGGAGUGCCGCCGUGCGCGGCGCCGCGGAGCAUGGCCUGUCACCGGCAGGCAGGGCCGCCCGCCGCGCGCGGUGGCUCGUGCAGUGUGUACUUAGUGCAGAGUGGGCGCCGCCCACCGCUGUUACGCGGCUGUGGACGCCGUGUAACGCAGUGUGACGGCGUGACGCUGGCGUGAUGUGAGGUGGCGGAGAACCCGUGACGCGGGUUCCGAGACGAUAAACCGUAGAACCUGUGAUGGGUUCCGAGACAGUACAACACCCCCCAGCUUGGUCCGAGGCAGACUGGUCGGGUUGUAGUGCGUUCGUGUCACGUCUGGCUGGGCCACGUGUGUCAUGUCUGUGCGCUCCCGUGCGCCCGUGUCUGUGCGCUCCUGUGCGCCCGUGUCUGGGCGCUCCCGUACGCCCGUGUCUGGGCACUCCCGUGCGCCCGUGUCACGCUGGGCGACCUCCCACCGCCGCCCCGAGCUGACCUCCGUGAGGUGCGGCCACACCGCCGCCGCUGCCGCUGGAGAGUACUCGCACACUGCCCACCGUCCGCCCGAAACCAAUACACGACUGCGGCCCUCA